GUACCAGAGGCCAGCUUCUCAUCAACUCGAAAGCGAGAUGUACAGUUUUACAAUUCAGCUUUGGAGGCAAUUCAUGACGUUAAGGAUGGUUCAAAACUUCUUGUUGGAGGGUUUGGCUUGUGUGGUAUUCCUGAGAAUCUCAUCGCUGCCUUGCUACAAAAGAAGACCAAGGGACUGACAGUGGUCAGUAACAAUGCUGGCGUGGAUGACUUUGGUCUAGGCCUCCUCCUUAAAGAGAGACAGAUAAAACGAAUGAUCUCAUCAUAUGUAGGAGAAAAUGCAGAAUUUGAAAGGCAGUAUUUGGCAGGAGAGCUGGAAGUGGAGCUCACACCACAGGGCACUUUGGCAGAAAGAAUUCGAGCAGGGGGAGCAGGCAUCCCAGCAUUCUUCACCCCAACAGGGUACGGAACACUGAUUCACAAGGGUGGUGUCCCCAUAAAAUACACUUCUGAUGGAAAAGUAGAAAUUGCGAGCAAAGAGAGGGAGAGCCGGCAGUUCAGUGGCAUUAACUAUGUCAUGGAAGAAGCCAUCACUGGAGAUUUUUCUCUGGUCAAAGCUUGGAGGGCAGACAAGGCUGGGAACCUUACAUUCAGAAAAACGGCGCGUAACUUCAACCCUCCAAUUUGCAAAGCUGGACAGGUCACUAUAGCUGAAGUAGAAGAAAUUGUUGAAACCGGUUCCAUUCCCCCGGAAGAUGUGCAUGUGCCCCAUAUCUAUGUUCAAAGGGUUGUCAAAGGAUCGAACUACCAAAAGAGAAUUGAGCGCCUGACACUCACCAAACCCCAGACUAAGGACAGUGCUCCUCCUAGUCCAGCUCAGCUGAUGAGGGAGAGAAUUGUCAAGAGAGCAGCAAUCGAAUUUCAGGAUGGGAUGUAUGUCAACCUCGGUAUUGGCAUGCCCAUGCUGGCCAGCAACUACAUUAAACCUGGCAUGAAUGUCCACAUUCACAGUGAGAACGGCAUUCUGGGACUGGGCCCAUUCCCCAAACCUGGAGAAGAAGAUCCUGAUCUGAUCAAUGCUGGCAAGGAAACAGUAACAAGCAUACCUGGCAGCUCAUUCUUCUCUUCCGAUGAGUCAUUCGCAAUGAUCCGUGGCGGCCAUGUCAGCUUGACCAUCCUUGGAGCCAUGCAGGUGUCAGAGUAUGGAGAUCUGGCCAACUGGAUGAUACCAGGUAAGAUGGUGAAGGGAAUGGGCGGAGCCAUGGAUCUUGUGUCGGGAGACAAAACUAAAGUUAUCAUCACCAUGGAACAUACUGCUAAGGGAGGUAAACAUAAAAUUCUGAAGGAAUGCAAUCUUCCUUUAACUGGGAAAGGCUGUGUAGAUAUGAUUAUAACUGAUUUGGGAGUGUUUGAAAUAUCACCAAAGUCGGGGCUGAGGCUGACAGAAAUUGCUGAUGGGGUCACUGUAGAGGAAGUUAACAAAAGCACCGGCUGUGAAGUCAAGGUCUCCCCCAAUCUAAGACCCAUGCAGAGUCUGUAA